UGAGAUAGGGAGAUGCAUGAACUUGAGAAGAUGGAAUCUGGACUGAACCAAACAUAUCACUAUCCAUGCUUCCAAACAAUUGUUCAUGUAGAAUUUUAUAGCUUUAAGUGUGGAUAAAGAAUCUGUAGAUCACAUGAAGCUGUCACUGCGACUUGCAUAAAAUGCUGACGUAGAAGGUAUAUCUUAAAUUUAUGGAAAUUUAUUUCUUUUUUAUGCAUUGGUUAUUUCAUCUCCACAAUUUUUGCACAUGAAAUUCCAUUUGCCAGUACUCUUUUCAAAUUAAUGGGUCUGUUUUUGGGAUUUUCUCUGUGUUUUUGUGAUUUGCACAAAUGCGACAGGAAGUGAAAAUUUGUAUAUAUUUUCUUGAUUAGAUGAGGGUCGAGAGGUAAAUAUCAUAAUUCAUGAGUUAUGGUCAGUAUUUUUAUUUUUAUAUAGGAGUGGGGAGUUUGGUACUUCUCCCAUUUGGAGACGAAAAAUUUUAUUCAUCAUUCCCUACACCACACACUACAUAUAAUUUUUUAUUUGUUAUUUUUUUCUUUAUAAAUGUAUGGUAUAUUAAUGAUGAGUAGAAGUAUUCCUUUAAUUUAGCAAGAAUAAAAAAAUAUAAAAUUAAAAAAAAAAGUGUAAUGUGUGGUGUAGAAAAUGAUGAGUAAAGGACCUUAGCUAGGGUCGGUCUUGGUCAGAGAUUUGCUUUUAAAAAUUAGAUUCACAUUCUUUACCAUACAUUCCAAAUCAUCACACAUGCUUUUUCUUUCGAAAUGCUUCAUGUACACUCAAGUAAUAUUUAAAUAGUACUCAUGAAUCUAUAUGCUCCAGAAAUAUCAUAUAUAGAAAAUGUUUUCUACUAUCUCUAAUUAUUCAAUAAAUACAUAAUUUAACAAGAACUAUAUAUUUGAAAUUAAUAAUACCAAAAAAAGAAAAAAAAAUAGUCUGGUUUCUAGAAAUUUAAGUUUUACUAAUUUAGGAUGAAUCCCAUUAAUGAUCACAACAGAGGAAUAACUAAUAGUAAUUCUGUCGUGCUACCAGUUUAUUUUUUCUUUCAUCAUAUUUGUGACGUAGAUUGAUUUUUAUGUUAAUGAUAUACAAGGAGACAACUUUAACUUUGUUGUCUAGCUGAGCAUUGAUAGGAAAUAAUGAAUUGAACUUCACUUACUAUUAUAGCCUUGUUCUGUUUUGCUAAACUCUUGUUUGGGAUCAACCAGUGCAUCAGUUUUUCAAGUGUUGAAGAUGCUUCAUUUUCCCAUCUCUACUAUUGCUUUUGUGUCGAUAUUGAUCAGCUUUGGGGUCGUGUGUAAGAUUAAUUUCAAAACUCGUUGGCACCCAAAACAGUUGAAGCUUUUAUUUGCAUACAAAAUUGGUUGAAAGCUCCCUCCAUUAAUCAUGACUUCCAAGACUUGAUGGAAGAUGCCGAAAGCUAUAAGCUAGAAAAUGGUAAGAUUCAUUUUCAAAUAUCAUAUAUUUUCCUAUGAUUUUUUUAAUAAUUAUAUUUUUAAAAUAGUGUUUUUUCUUCAUUUAGAGAAAACUUUGAAUAAUGUUUUGAACAUGGAUGGUUGAAGAAUACGAGGAUAUGAUUCAAUUUCAGCAGAGGUUCCUGACCCAAAAGCGAAAAGGAAAAUUAAGAACCCCAAUUAUAAAGGGAAGUGGAAGACUCCUUGGAUUGAUAAUCCAGGACGAUAUCAUUCUUGGAGCAAAUACAAGAACCAUUGAAGGACCCAUAAUCACUGAAAAGAACUGUGAAAAGAUUCAUUAUAUGGCACCAAACAUAUAUUGUUGUGGAGCAGGAACUGCUGCCGAUACAAAGGCAAUAACAGGCCAGUUCACAACUGCAACUGCAUCGCUACCAUAUGGGUCAAGAAUCAAGGUUGUCACAGCACUCACCCUCAUGAAGAAUCACCUUUUUAAGUGAAGUUUCAUUUGUUGCAAACCAAGAAAUGACAGUUGCAUUUGAGUUAAUGUUACUGGACUUCAUCUGCAUACUGUGAGUCUAUUUUCAAGAAUUAAAUUGGAAAAUAUCAUGUGUUAUUUUUUUUUGGCUUACAUAUUUGGUGGUGUGUCACUGCCUGAUCUUGUAGAAACUAGAACUGUUUUAAUAAUUUUAUUAGGCUAAAUGAUUACUUUGUCUUGUUUAUCAUGUUUUGCAAGAGAAUAACCAGAUGUAUCAAGUCAUGUCAGAAGUUUUGUAGAAACAAUAUUGUGGUUGCUUUCCUUUUAUGUAUAUAUAUAUACUAUAAAUUUGUCGGGUUUGGUUUA